UGCCAGGCUUUUAACAAAAAUUUCUCCCUUCCAUGCUCUCCUUUUAUGUCUUUCCAUAUGAUUAAUAUAAUAAGCUUCUACAAAUGCAUCAGUACCAGUAAUAAUACCCGUAACUUUACACAGAUAUCUUUAACCAUGAUGUUGAGGGAGGCAGUAUAUACUUUGGUAUCUCAGUUUUCUCUUAUUCAGAACUUGAAGAGGCCACCGAUGAUUUCAAUUCCUCUAGAGUACUUGGAGAUGGAGGUUAUGGAACUGUUUACUAUGGAAAACAUAAAGAUGAACAGGAAAUUGCUGUAAAGCGCCUCUACGAGCACAACUGCAAGCGAAUGGAGCAGUUUGUAAACAAAGUUGAUAUCCUAACUAGACUAAGGCACAACAAUCUUGUCACCCUCUAUGGAUGCACUUCAACGCGAAGCCGUGAACUACUCCUUGUCUAUGAAUAUAUUCCUAAUGGCACUCUUGCUGAUCACCUUCAUCGUAACAGAGCGAAGGACGGAUCACUUACCUGGCCAAUCCGCAUGAACAUUGCCAUAGAAACUGCUGGUGCAUUGGCUUACCUGCAUGCUUCUGAUGUAAUACACUGUGAUGUCAAGACUAAUAACAUACUCCUUGACCACAACUUUAGUGUUAAAGUUGCAGAUUUUGGGAUUUCAAGGCUCUUCCCAAACGAUGUCUCUCAUAUUUCAACCACACCCCGGGGUACCUCUGGCUAUAUUGAUCCAAAGUAUCAUGAAUGUUACCAGCUGACUAGUAAAAGCGAUGUCUAUAGCUUCGGGGUGGUCCUUGUUGAGCUCAUUUCAUCAAUGCCGGCUAUGGAUAUGAACAGACAUAGCCAAGAGAUCAAUUUGGCUAACUAUGCAAUGAACAAGAUUGUAAAAUCUGCUGUUAACAAGCUGAUUGAUCCAUCCCUGGGGUUCGAUUCAGAUAUCAAAACUCGGGAAAUGACUACUUCAGUGGCUGAGCUGGCUUUUCUGUGCUUGCAGACAGAUUGGAACAUGAGGCCUACUACGGUUGAAGUUUUGGAUACUCUAAAGGAGAUUCAGACUAAUCUCAAUGCCAAUGAAUCUAAAAUAGUAGUUCCUCCUCCUUUCCCUGAAUCAAAAGAUAUUUUUUUGUUGAAGAAAGUUAAAUCACUGCCUUCUUCAAAUUCUGUGACUGAUAAAUGGACUACUUGCUCUGAUAGAACGUGUACACAGUAGUUAAGAUUUCUGUAAUCCGUUUCUUUGUCACUUUUAUGUAUAUUUUGGGAGACUGCAAAAUGUACUACUGUGAGAAGUUUCUUGAGCUAUGUACUAUGAGUGUAAGUGAUGCAAUUUUUAAUUUCUAUAAAAGUUUAACUUGUAUACCGCAUUAGAAAUCUGUGCAACUACAAGUGCACUAUUCACCAUACAUUUGAUGUAUCUGCAAACCAUUUGACUUUCAGACAACUGUGCUUUUAUUUAUACAGUUGAAGUCUUCAUUACCAGAGAUGUUGGUCUCCGUUAGUACACAGAGUCAACAAGUUAAAGUCUUCCUACUGGUGUUGAUGGCUAGAAAAGGUAAUGUAAAGAUUUCCAUUCUUCGUCACUUAUCUUUUUCCCAAUAAGUCUGACCCCUCUUAUACGUUUGGUUGUUUACGAGAAGGUACAAUGGAAAUUUCCUUUUUACUUUUCCUUUCUUUUUCUCAAUAAGUCUGACACUUCGUAUACGUUUGGUUGUACAUAGAGUUUCUUUUUUAUAAAUAUAUAUGAAUAAGAUAACGACUAGUAAUGGAACUUGAUCCUAUAAGAUAGUCUGUUUAGCUAGAGUUGCAAUUCACAAAUCUUCAGCUCUUUUUCCUCUUCUUGCAGUAUCGAUUCAAUAUGUCUUUGGCUUCUUCUUUUGUUUGCUUUAUUCUAUCUCUUCUUCUGAUUUUAGUUCAGGCAAAGGGGACAAAUGAUUCAACUUGUCCAAAGUUCUUUUCAUGUGGAAAUCUUACUAACUUGAACUUUCCUUUCACUCUUCUAACACAACCUGACUGUGGAAUAUGUCCAUUUCUGGUUGUGAUGUUAAACAAUACCCAAGAAUCCAGUUGCUUCCUGGAGGAGAUUGGUAUGAUGCUAUAAGCGUGCCGUUUAAUUAUACAGUGUUGAUCGUGGACCCGAAGCUUCAAACUAUAUUGAGGAAAAACAAGUGCCAGGCUUUUAACAAAAAUAUCUCCCUUCCAGAUUCUCCGUCUAUAUCUUUCAAAAUUCUCCAAAUCUUUAUGAGUGAUUUUUACAGAUGCAACAGUGCUAGUAGUACCCGGAAGAACAACGAGCAUUUUGCUGGUUAUAAAAUGUACAAUGGUUGUAAAGGCUUUAACAUAUACUACAAUCUUCCCUGAGAUGACGAUGAAGUCCUUCCAGCAGGCAAUCUUACUAUCAACUGUUCACUUCUCCAAUUGCCAAUUCACCCAACAGUAGAUGACAGCUUUUUUACUUCCGGAUUUCUAGUAGAAUGGGAACUCUCUGAUGACUGUAACAAAUGUCACUAUGAUAACUUGUUUAGUCUGAAUUUGGAUACGCAUUUAAAUAUUAAGGUCUCAUUUAUUUCCAUUAAGACUAAGACGUCUGAAUUUGGAUACGCAUUUAAAUAUUAAGAUGUGUAAAUCUGAAUAAAUAUCUGAAUAUUAAAACAUUGUCUCUGAA